AUGAACACUCUGCAGCUCCGUCCCUGGGCCUUUGUUCCUGGGGCCUCUCAUCUGGUAGCAGAGCUGGACCCCAAGUGUAAGCCGGGGCCUGGGGCACCCCGUCAGCCCCCAGACCCUGCCGCCCAUCCUCUGGUCACCGUGGGCAGUGCAGGGAUGGCUGCCCCGCUGCUGACUGACAACGCCCUGGUGAGUAAUGCCAGCCCCAUGCCCUCCUCCUUAGACGUGGCUGUGGACGUCACGCAGGAGGAGUGGCAGCAGCUGGAGCUGGCUCAGAGGGACCUGUACAAGGAUGUGAUGCUUGAGAACUUCUGGAAUCUGAGCUCCCUGGAUUUGGAGUCCAGACUGGAGGGGAAGGGCCCGGUGGAAGCUGUCCCUGCAGGAGUAUCCCCUGAGCUGGCCCUGGAAGAGCUGGGAGGGGGCUGCGCCUGGGGCUCUGCAUCAGGAGAGGCCGGGACAACUUCAGAGCGUCAGCCAGAAGACCCCCAACCAGGAAUUCCAGGAGGGAGGGGACCCCACAAGUGCGGCCCUCGCAAUCCUGAUUGGGAGAGCCCCCAGGGAGCCGCUGCUGUUGCUGAGAAGCCCUGCGUGGGCCAGGAGUGCGAGGAGGCCCUUGUGCAGCGCGCAGAGCUGGCGCAACACCAGCGUGCGCACGCCCUGGACAAGCCCUUUGCUUGCGGCGAGUGUGGGAGACGCUUCCUCCGGAACGCCACGCUCACGGUGCACCGGCGCGUCCACACCGGCGAAAAGCUGUUCGCGUGCACCAAGUGCGGCAAGGCCUUCAACCAGCGUGCCAACCUUAGGGUGCACCGGCGCAUCCACACGGGCGAGAGGCCCUACAGGUGCGGCGACUGUGGCAAGGCCUUCAUCCUCAUCACCAACCUGGUGGACCACCAGCGCAUCCACACCGGGGAGAAGCCCUUUGUGUGUGACCUGUGCGGGAAGCGCUUCACCAAGCGCUCGUCCCUCCUCGGGCACCAGCGGGCCCCCACGGGCGAGAGGCCCCACGCGUGCUGGGUGUGCGGGAAGGCCUUCUGCAAGAAAUCCGACCUGGUCAACCACCACCGCACGCACACGGGCGAGCGGCCGUUCAAGUGCUACGAGUGCGGCAAGGCCUUCGCGCAGAGCAUGACCCUGGUGGAGCACCAGCAGACGCACAGCGGGGAGAAGGCCUACCAGUGCCGCCAGUGCGGCAGGCGCUUCACCAAGUCCUCCGCGCUGAUCCUGCACGAGAGGAUCCACACCGGCGAGCGGCCCUUCAGCUGCGCCGAGUGCGGCAAGGCCUUCAACCAGAACGUGCAGCUUGUGGUGCACCGGCGCAGCCACACCGGCGAGAAGCCGUUCCAGUGCGGCGCCUGCGGGAAAUCCUACAGCCAGAAGGGCUACCUCACCGUGCACCGGCGGACCCACACGGGGGAGAGGCCCCUCGAGUGCGGCAAGACCUUUAGCCAGAAGGCGCACCUCUCCAUCCACCUGCGGAUUCACACUGGCGAGAAGCCCUACCGCUGUGGUGAGUGCGGGAGAAGCUUCCGGAAGGUGUCCUUCCUGCUCCAGCAUCAGGCCAUCCACAGCGAUGAGAGGCCCUUCCAGUGCGGCAUGUGCGGCAAGGCCUUCGUGCGGAAGUCCACCCUGGUCCAGCACGGCCGAAUCCACACUGGGGAGAAGGCCUACCAGUGCGGGCAGUGCGGGAAGGCCUUCUGGCACCGGCCCACACUGACCGCGCACGGGAGGAUCCAUACCGGGGAACGGCCCUACGAGUGCAAGGCGUGCGGCAAGGCCUUCAGGCGCAUCGGGAACCUCACCUGCCACCAGAAGACCCACAGUGCUGCGGUGCUGCCUGCUGGGGAGCCUAACCUGGGCAGAAGGCCACCCUCCCAGAUAACCGCCACCCAUUCCCGUUGUCUCUAG